AGCCAUUGAAGGCCAUUUAUCUUUAAUCAGAGAGAGAGAAAAUAUAAUAGAGACAAAAAAAAGAGAGGAGAUGGUGGAAGAGGAAAGAAGGGAGAUCCUUGAGUACAAGAGGGGUGAGUUAGAGGAGGAGGAGAAGGAAGAUGACAAGGAGGACAUUCUCCCACCUGAUAAAAGUAUCAGAAGGAGAGCUGUGGGCUGGGUGAAUAAAACAUGGGAGAAGAGGAACCUCAGAAAGAUAGAGAGAACGUAUCAGAGAGAGGCUGAGGAGGGCCAUAAGAUCGUCCACAUAGCCAUCCCUGGACACACAAGGCUAACAACCACCAUGACCAGGGCAGAGAGAGAGAGGGAGAAGAGGAAGGAGCUGCUGAAGGCUGAGGAGAGAAGGAAGAAGAUGGAGGAUUUCAAUAAGCAGUGGAGAGAGCGGUCCCUGCUUAAAAAACAGACUCUUCAAAAACUGAAGGAGGAGGUGGAGAGGAUGAAGGAAAACUACCUGGAUCAGAUUAAUCUGGAGGCUGAUACUCAAAUCAACACUGGAUCUGCUGAUGGCCACCAGGAAAGGCCAAGGAGGCAACAGGCAUGGGCAGACAACCAGGAGGGGAGUUCAGAGAACCAGCAGGAGGGGCCAGAGAACCAUCAGGGGGGGCCAGACAGCCAGCAGCUAGAAGCUCCAGAAGAGGCUGACACAUCAGAGCCAAUCUCCAACACAAAGACAAAGAAAAAGCCAAGCAUCUGGAAGAAAAUUAGGAUGAGCAUUCCUGACGUGCUGUCUGCCUAGAGCUGGAACUCAAUGAAGCCACAGUUCCACUGAGGUUACGUUGGUAAUUAAAAGUGUCGCCCAAUAAUUCCUCCUCCUCUUUAAGUCAUCGAGCCACAUUUCCUCCUCAAAACAUUAUAGUCUCCUCAAGCCAGCAAGUAUCCUCAUUAUCAGGCAACAAACCAUCGAAGGUCAGUGACCCUCCUCCCAAGAACAGAGACUCUCAUCUGUAUCCUAGUUAAAUUCAUCUCUGCUUACCACCUCUACAGUCCUAGAAAACAUCCCAAAAAUGGAAAUGGUUUCAACAGAAGUCCUCCCCUCAGACCAGUGGCUCCACAGACCAGAGUUUCUCAUCUUUAUUCUAGUUGAAUGCAACUCUGAUCAUUUCCGCCACUUCUCCCGUUAAGGGGAGGUGCUGAAAAGGAGGUCUGGGAGGAGGUCUGCAGGUAGCCUGGACCGGACCGGUAGCAGCUAAGUUGCUGGCUCCAUCCCCGGGCAGAGCUGCUCAAGUCAGGCCAGUGAUGUUUGAUGAUGUCAUUUUUGUUACAAAGUUUUAUUCAUUAAUA